AGGAUUUCUUUGCGUAGUGAUUAUUGUGACUUUACUUUCUUCCUUUUCAUCAUAAAGUUUAGAGUUAUGAUACUUUACGAGUAAAUUCUGUGUACAUAGACAUUGCUGUUUUGUGUAAAUGGAUAUUUAUGUAAAUAAUGAAUUGACAUAGUGGCAUUUUUGUUAAAGUAUGAAGGAGAAUCGAUUUUAUAUACAAUCUUAUUACGGUACACAGUAAAUAACCUAAGCACUUAUAUUAUUCAGCAUUGUUGCCACAUAACAUUUCACGGAUCAGUCAGUAAUAAACGCCCGCGACGCAACUUAAUGUAUUCGGAACAUUCUUUCUUUUAUAUCUUUUGAGUCGAUGAUACAAAUGAGCCAAAUGAAACAUAUCAGUGUUUCGGAACAUUUCAGUGAUUAAGAUGCAAAUGUUCCAAUCGCAAAAACGAUACACUUUGCCCACCUCCACUGCAGUGGUUUUACCACGUAUAAACAUAUUGCGUAAAUUUGUAAUUUUAAAUCAUGCUCACGUUUUAAUUUCAGGCUCGCAACUAUAUUCAGUCGCUGCCUACCCUGAAACGACGCGACUUCCGCGAGGUGUUCCGUGGUGCCAACCCACUCGCUAUCAACCUUCUCGAGCUUAUGUUGGAACUCGACGCUGAUAAGCGUAUAACAGCCGAACAAGCGCUGGCGCACGAGUAUCUGGCGCAGUACGCGGACCCCACGGACGAGCCGAUCUCCGUACCCUAUGACCAAAGCUUCGAAGAUAUGGACCUGCCCGUCGACAAGUGGAAAGAACUUGUUUGGAAAGAAGUAGUGGAGUUUAAGCCUCACCCACAACACAUGAGCACAGUUGUCGAAGUCAACGCGUCGUAAUUUAGUCUUUAUAUUUGUAUUUUGUUGCUUACGAAGUUUUAGUAUAUAUCACUGUAAAAGUUUUCAUCAGGCAAUUAUACAUAGGUAUAUUAGUUCUUCAGUAGUAUCUGUUAAUUCUGUAGCCAGUAUAAGGAAGACAGGUAAGUAGAUAAAAUAUGUAAAGGUAUAUUUUUAUGAGAACAUAUAUAAUAAUACUGUAUAUGAAACGAAAUCAACGAAUUUUUGAAAUGUAAUAAGGUUUUUCUUAGAAAUCUUAAAAUAUAGAGAUUUAUUUACAAUGAAGUCAAUUUGUAGAAAAUGUUACAGGUAGCCAGUAUUUUAUUUGUUUAAUUUUAAUGCAUACUUAUUUAUUUAUGUAUUUCUUACACAUGGUACACGAACAGGUCAAAUUGGAAAAUCAGAGAUUACGGUCCAUAAUGUACUUAAUCAAUUUUCUUUAAAUGGAGGCGUAAAAAUAACGAUAUAGCGAAAUCGAUCGCAGUGCACACUGUGGCAAUAAUAUUGUAAUUUUUCGGAUAUAUAUUGAAAGAUUGUCUUUUAAUAGCUUAUAUAUCGAGUAUCUAUGGUUAUUACCAUUAUUAUUUUAAAAACUGUUCACAAUACUUAUUGUGUAGUAAAUUGAAAUAAGUCUAUGAGACAAUGGAUGGUUAUUAUAGAAAUAAAAGUAAAUAACAUACUGUAACCACAGUCGAACUACUACAUACUGACAGUCGGUCAUCGAAUGCGUCUAGACGGGGCAAUCUUGCGGUGCGGUGCGGGGCGAGACGCGGGCGGAGCAUAAAUUAUAAUGAUUCACACUACAUGUGCGGUAAAAAACUGUGGGUUUUCCUAAUUUAAAAAUAAGGAAUUAGUUUCAUCAGUUUCCACAAACACAUUAAUUUGUUUAAACGUGAAAUAAAAUAAAAUCAGUUUUUUUAUUUUUUAUUACUUUCUGUUCUGACAACCCUAGCAAUUUAUUGUUUAUGUCGGCUUUUCCGACAACAUCAAACGCGAUGACUGACUGUAUCUUCUUCUUAGGCUGUGCUGUAACUGUAUUGCAGUCCUGCUAAAUGCGUUUUGUUUUUACAACUAUUUAUCGAUAGCCUUUACUUGCGUAAGAGGACAGUUGUCAUUAAUGCCACUCUAAAUAUUUUUACGCGUUGUCAUAACGAAACGUAGAAAAUUAAGCGAAUACGCGUAACAGCGGGUUUAUACGGGCUUAGUAUUUGUCAUUAGUACUAAUCGCUUAGGGCGGAUUAGACAAAACUUAGUAUAAAUCUUAUCCUAAGAAUAAAAUCACUAAUUACUCUCCAGUUAGAGAACUGUCGUUUUACCAAAUCUUAACCCAGGUAUAACUGUCUAUCCGAGAGUAAAUUGCUAUACCGCCAAAAUUCAUGGAGUAAACAAGUUAUCCCAGAGCAUUUUAAUGGCGGCCGCUACAUUUUAACAGCUGUUUUCGUAUGCUUUGUUGAAAAAGUAGGAUAUUUUAUCGUUGUGCAUUUAUAAUUUCUUGUAUUUUUGUGAUAAUUGUAGGGAUUAUUUUUUGAAAUAAUGCAACGUUUACGAAAUAUAGAAGAUAAGAAUAAGAUUAGAACAAUAAUCAACUAACAACUCGAGCUCGACUCGUGAUAAUAUGAUAAUAUUCUAGUGUUCAGUGACAGUGACAGUUGACACUAAUAUAAUCCGGCAAAACUAUGUGGACAGAAAAUCUUGCAUUGCGCUAUAUAAACAAUUGCAUUUCGAUUUUAGUUGGCUUACAUGUUCAUUCAUUUUUCAUUCACCAACUCUAGAGUAACAAUACCCAGUAUUAGCUACUCUACGUUUGUAUUGGAAAAACGCAAACGAAGUUAUCUGAGAGUAAGACCAAAGAGUAAAAUUAUUCGAGGGUUAGUUACUCUGGAGUAACAUGGUAUUUGGUCGAAUGCGCCCUUAGUAGUACUAAGCUGCAUAGUAACAAGUAAGGAGAAAUCGUCUACACGUUAAAAUUAGUAGAAAGGUAUUAGUGACCAGACAUUCGAAACAGAAUGCCGCUGCCACCUGAUUUUGCGUAGUGUGUUUAAACAUUAUUCUAACAUAAUUAUAUCAGCAGUGAUAGAUGACCUUGAAAGAGAAGCAUUAACAGAAAAACGUUUGUGGACAAGACAGUGGUUGCUGCGCAGAGACAACCUUGGCAAUUCUGCUCUUCUUUUAAGAAAGCUAGCAACCGAAGAUCCAAGCGAAUGCAGAAUGUGUAUGAGACUAUCAACGGAUCAAUUUGAAUUUUUAUUAAAAAAAGUUCAAGGAUUAGACACAAAUAUGAGUGUCGCAAUACCAGCAAAUAUAAAAUUGGAGGUUACUUUGUCAUUUUUGGCAACAGGAAGUAGCUACCGCAUGUUAUCACAUUUCUACAGAGUUUCUAAACCUGCGAUUUCAAAAUUCAUCCCUGAAGUGUUGGUUUCAGUUUACCAUCAACUUUACUUGUACCCACAUAAAAUAUUUAAUUAUCGAUUGUCUAGACCCCGAAGAAUCGUCGAAAACGCUUUUGGCAUCUUAGUUACAACAAUACCAACAAAUGUUACGUUUAUUGAUAAAUUGUUCGUACAUCAUACUUUACAUAACUGGCUUAGAAAAACUUCAAGUACAUACCUAACUUGGGGGCGUGUUGACUGAAAAUCAGGAUACUGAAGAAAUUAUACAAGGAUCAUGGAGAAACGACAAUUUAAAUUUUCAGCAAACAGGUAGUAAUCACUUCGACGGCUCCGUGGCGCAGUGGCUUAGCAAUGAGUUGCUGCGUUGGGGGUCGCGGGUUCGAAUCCCGUACGGAACAAGUAUUUGUGUGGCCUAUAAAUAAUUGUUCUGGGUCUGGAUGUUUGUCCUUGUGCAAUUUGUGUUUGUAAACUGCCUCCACGAUACAGGAGAAAAUCCUAGUGUGGGGGUAACGUUUUUAAAUUAAGAAAAAAAAAAUCACUCAUCGAGAAUGGCCCGACAAUUAAGAGAAAGAUAUACGAGGUACUUUGUAACUAAAGGUGCAGUCUCGUGGCAAUCUAGAAUGAUUCAUUACUUUAUGUAACCUUUCGUCUGCAAUGCAAAGAUACAGACUAAAACUCGAUACAACAAACAAAAUGAAAUAUCUACCGCAUGUGCCGCGGAGCCAUCGUGGCGUCUGUGCAGACGAUCGUACUUAUUUCGAAAUAAAUCUAGUAUCGUGCAUUAUAUAUUUUAUUACUUACAUUUUCUAUAAUUGUGCGCCUUUCUUGUAUGUCUUUCAACAAACAAUCAAUUUCUUUAUACCAUGGUAUAUUUGGCACGUAAAUACAGUAUCACUCCCACUUCCUGAUCGUACUGAAUUUUGUAUCUUUUUCUUUUCGUGGUAAUAUGUUUACCGAAGUGUUCUCAAUUUUUUUGACGUGACAACGUCUCUGGCUGCACGCACGAAAAACAUGACUCAUGCGGCGUUACCUCGCUCUGAGGCGUUCCAUUUAAGGCUUGAAGUGCAAGCGAGAGCGCGGAACGAGCGACAAAGAGGCACAAUCGGAGUUGUCACGUUCAACGUACACACGACAGACAACCCAACCAAUAUAAAUAAAUACAGACAACCAAUUUUUAUUUUUGCCUCGGGAAUUCCGAAAUCCGAAACCGAUUUUUGGUUCUAUAAACAUUCGUAGGAUUUAAAUUCUUGGAUGAAUUUUAUUGUUGUUUCGGAAUUUUAUCUUUCCGCCGCCAUAAUUACGAAAAUAUUUCGAAAAUGUAACCUAAAUACGUAAACAACGCACGUGUUUUCACUUGCCGGUGCAAUUUACCACUAAGCACUUGUCGUGGCUGUUUAAAUACGGUCAACAAGCAACAAGCAGUAGUAAAUUGAGGUGGACGGAUCGACUUGUCGCUAAGUAAAUAAGACCGACUUCUAUUCAUUUGCACUGGCACAAACACUAAUACUAAACACAAGUUCAGCGUGUUUACACAUUGGGUAUUAGUGUAAGUGACAAACACUAAGCAUUAGUUACUAAGCCUGUAUAAGCUCUGCAGUGAUGACGUCAUAGUUUCUAGUAGUCAAGCAUGGUCAUUUGUAUAUUUUUAAACAAUGAAAUAGUAACGAUUAAAAAAACAACCUCACUUUUUGUACCUAAGAAAAGGGUGUGAUUUUUGGAAAUAAGAUUAGACACUGUUUUAUCUGUAUUAGAAUAUUUUUGUCGUAGAUUUAAUUAUCUGAUUAUAGAAAUAAAACAACGGGUUUUUUUUUUCAAAGUAUAUUUUUGAACUUCAUAAACUUGUUUGCAUAUUAGCAUAGAUUGCAUACAAUAAUUCAGCAAUGGCCUUCUUUUUAUAUUUUUUCUACAUUUCUUAUUCACAAAGUCUCGACUAUUAUGUUCCUGUAGUGGCGAUGUAAGAAUAUUAUUCACUACCGUAAAUCGUCCGUGUCGUAAAAGGCUACAAAGGGAAAUAAACCAAGAGAUCAACAGCAGCGUCUUCUUAAUCACAACUAAAAAAUAAAACUUUAUGGGGGAGGCCUAUGUUCAGCGUUGAACUUUGAUAUAUUGUAUAUUCUUUAAAUUUUCAGCGUUGUUAUAAUUAUUUUUCCUAAAUAAUCUUUUAUUAUUCCCCAUAGGUUUUGGUCUUGAUUCUUUGGGUUUCAGUCCCAUCUUCAGCCACAAGUGGGUCAGAUCGGGGGUAUCGGGGUCAGAGUAAGAAACAUUCUCUAGUUUAAUAGAGACAUUUUCUCUAGUUAAUUUAUUAUAUAAAUGUUUUUAUCGUAAAAUAAGUUUGAAAGGAGAUAUUCUCAAAAAAAACAGUUUUAACAUUUUUCCAACAUGGCGACGCAAGCGGCAAAGAUACGAGGUGGCAAUGUAGAAAAUUCAAAAGAGCACAUCAAAAUCAAUAAAAUCACCAAUUUUUAAAACUCCCGGAAAACUUUCCAGGUAACCUCUUUUUUUCAGUAACAAAUGACUCCUCAUUAAUGAGCAUUAGUUAUUGAACAUUAUAUAUACUAUUUUGAGGUAAAUUAUAAAUAGACCUUUAGUUUUAAGUGAUUGCUAAGUUUUUUAUUAUAAAGUAACAAUAUUGUUAAAAAGAAAUCAUAAGUAGGUAAAACAAAUGUAACUAAGAGGUAAUGUGCUCGCUUUUCAAUUUGAUUACGCCUUUACAAGCUGUUGUUAAAUAAAAUAUUUGGAAGCUAACUAAAACUUUGAUCUUGCUGUCGAUUAUUUUUAUUUAUAUAAAGAAGUCCGGUAGAAUAGUGACGCUAUUGAUUUAGGGGCCUAAAUCACAAAAAUUAACGCAUUAGCAUUGAUGCAGUUAUAUUAUCAUCUCUUGAAAUAAAUAACAGAACUCCCCCUAAAUUGUUCGCACAUUUGUGUGAUGGAAUAAGUUUCAAAAAUAUAAAUAACCGUCCAUUUUGAUAUUAUAUUAUUUUGUUUGCUUUGUAAUUUGAAGUGAAACUUCAAUGUUUUUCUAUUUUUACUGUGUGGACUUUGGUAAUUUUUCUGCCUAAUGUUACCGUAAAUUUUUAAUUUUUAAAGAAUAUUUUUAAUAGGUAGGUAACACCAUAUUAUCUUGUGUACCUAAAUGUAUAGUUUCAUAGAAAUAAGUUUUAAAAAUAAAAAAAUAAAAGUUGCUACUGC